AUGGCUUCUACAUUUGAAAAACUUAAAACAGGUGCUUUAAUGGGUUCUUCCGUCGGUCUUUGUGCCGGAUUAGUUUUCGGAACUCUUCAUCUUUUACGUUACGGUUCAGGACGUCAAGGGAUUAUUCGAACUCUAAGUACGUCUAUGAUUUCAAGCGCAGCAACAUUUGGAUUUUUUAUGGCUAUUGGAACAGUUAUUCGUACAGAAACAUUGAGAAAAUCAGAAAAUUAG